AUGGUGAAAAAGCAACAACCAAAGAAAACACCCUCUAAGAAGCCACCAGCAGCAGCAUCAUCACCCACUCCUCUCCCACCCAUUGACCCCGAAACCCUUAAAAACCAACAGCGAAUUCUCACCCUCUUCUCAGACGCCUUCAACCCCGUCCUUACAUCAGACUCCUUCGCGGCCACCCUCCAAUCCAUCAAGCAGUCCCUCUUCAAUAGAGAUUUUGAGGCUGCUUUUGGCUCCGAGGAGAACCUCCAGGCAUACGCCGCACGAUGGAGUCCCACAAGGGCGCUGUGCUACGCAUCCAUUUUUGAAGCCAUUGCUUCGCACGUCGAUGACAUUGCUGCCGAAACUACUGCCGAUGAGGCAUCAUCUCGUAAUAGCAGGAUUGUCAAAAAGUUUCUCUGCAUAGGCGGCUGCGCAGCCGAACACAUCGCCUUUGCGUCUCACCUCCAACAAACCGCCUCCAACGGCAUCCUCACCCUCCUCGACGCCGGCCCCUGGGGUCAAGUCGUCGACCUCCUCCAAAAACAAGCCACCUCACCCCCUAUUUUAUCAAAAUAUGCUUCUGCAGCUAUCAAGGCCGCAAACACGCCUCUUCUCGAGGACGCACAGCUCUCCACGACCUUCGUCCAGAAUGACGUCUUGGUCAUGGAUAAAGAGGCCCUCAAGGAGCUGCUCGGCUCAGAGCCCCUUACCGUGACGCUCAUGUUUACGCUCAAUGAGCUGUACACCAGCGGGGGCAUCGGCAAGACGACAAAGUUUCUAAAGCUGCUGGGCGAGAUACUCCCGGAUAGAAGCCUGCUUCUCGUGGUAGACAGUCCGGGUAGCUACUCAGAAGCCGCCGUGGGCAAGGAGAAGAAGCGGUACCCCAUGCAGUGGCUCUUGGACCACACUCUUACGGACGUUCGGGCUGCAUCCAAGGACUAUGAGUGGGAAAAGCUGGAAUCUCACGAUUCGAUCUGGUUUCGGCUUCCGGAAGAGCUCUCCUACCCGAUCCAGCUGGAGAAUAUGCGAUACCAGAUGCAUUUGUAUCAAAGGAAGAGCACGUCUACGGCUGCAUGA